CUCUAACUAAUUUGUAACCCAUCCGGUCGCCCCUUGACCUGCCAGGUUGCAUCAAAGAAGAAUCCUCGUCGACUUGGUGGCCGCCCCUCUUCUCCGGCAGGCGGCAGUGGCGGACUGUCGAUCAUCACGAGGACCCUUUCUUGUUGGUGGCAGGAGUAGAAACCAAUCAAUUGAAAUCAUUCUGAUAAAAAGGGAAUAUCAUGGCUACUAAGGAGUUAUCGAUGAAGCUCCUGGUUGAUACCAAGGCUCAGAAAGUCUGCUUUGCCGAAGCUGACAAUGAAGUCGUCGAGUUCCUGUCCAGCCUCCUAUGCCUACCGAUGAGCACCGUCAUCAACCUGCUAACCAAAGAGCGUAUGGUUGGCAGCAUUGGGAAUGUCCUUGAUAGCCUGGAGACGCUUGAUGCCAAGUAUAUAUACUCAGGCCAGGGCAAGGAGCCCUUCAUCAGCCCUGCAAUUUCCCCCGCUAUGCUCUCUCCUUUGCAACAGCUACUGGGGGAUGCACAAUUCAGUGCUAGUAGCAGCUUCUUCACCUGUAAUGGACUAAGAAUCGGCUACACAAACUCUAGCUGUGGGUAUUUUUCAGUUGCUAAAGGCAGCAAAUGCCCAAGUUGCUCCAGCGGAAUGAACAUUGCUAUGCCGCAUGUCAAAACCGAGGGGUUUGUGGUUGGGACGGCCACAUAUACAGUCAAGGAUGAUCUCUCAAUGAUCCCUGCGUCCAGCGUGGCAAGCGUUACCUUGCUCGCGCAGUGUGGUGUCAAGGACCUGAGCAUGCUGCAAGAAAAAAUGGUGAAAAUUGGCAAGGAAGAGGCGCUGGACAUACUCCAUGCUUCUCUGAAGUCCAAGACCGUCCUGACUGAUGUCUUCCUUCAGUCAAGAAAAGCUCGUUGCAAGAAGGAAACUGUUGCCUAGUUAUGCGGUUAUGCCCAAGUAAAUUCAGCAGAAAGAUGUCAUGCAGAAAUCACCAUAUGGCCCUGGUGGAUGAGUGAGUUGUGAGCUGCCGGUCUGUUUGCAUUGCCUGGCCAUUCUCUAGGUUAGUGGACCAAAGCUAGUAGGCUGCUUAAAUUAAAAUCUCUGUUGACAUCAUGUACCGUGAGAUGUGUGCCACUUUUGCCACCAGAUUUUUAGGAGAUUUUUUAGGAAGAUAUUUGUAUGAACUUUUUUUGGGGGAUUUGA